GAUAGCUAGAUACAUUCACAUGCAUAUAUAUUGCUCAACCACACUCUUCUGCAUGUUUGUAUGAAACGGUAGCAUUCAUCAAUCACACGACAACUGUUUCCGAGGAAGUCCUCUAUCUGUCUGCGCAAAUAUCUUAUAUUGCAUUCUUCAUAUAAUCUGCCUGCCAUUUCUGCAAAAUCAAUUGGCAGAAUACGUCUACAGAACAAGCUCCACGGAACAAGGUGGCGGGCACUUCCAGAUUCCACACGUCGAGAGAGGAAAAGGUUUUCAAUGGUUCAAUAACACAGGCUUGGGAACUUAAGGAGGCUACGAGAUUGAAACGGAGAUUCAAUCUUAGGGACUGUGAGAGCGACGAUUCAGGCGUGGGAUAACACAACGGACGAUUGUGCAGACUCAUUGUUAAGGAAGGAAAGGCACAUCUUGUGUGCAGAAGAGGAGGCUUCAAAUUGGAAUCGGAGACUAAGUGAGAAUUAAAAGCUUCGCAGAUCCAACGACUUGGAAUUGGGCUCGUAGACCACAAACACAACAUCCGGUUUUUUUAACUCACAGGCUUGGGCUUGGCUUGGCUUGGCUGGGCAGAAAAAUAAGCAGGAUUGCAGUUCAAUUCAAAAUAUAUACCGAACAGACAAGCAUCGAGAAGAUAAGAAGAUAGAAUAGCCAAGAUGCCUACUCUUUCGACAUCCAACUUCAACAUCGUAUGUGCCAUUCUUGGCGGAUUCAUUACUUUGUUUGGAUUGGUAUCUUACUUGUUCAAAGAGAAAUUCUAUCUUUCUGAAGCAUUGAUAUCUCUUCUCUUUGGCGUUGCCAUGUCUCCACAUGCUGCAGACUUCGUUCGACCCCUUGAUUACACUGGCUCUCUUGCAAACCUCAAUGCAACCACCCUCGACUUUUCCCGCUUAGUUCUAGGCGUUCAACUUGUCCUCGCUGGUGUUCAAUUACCUUCCCGAUACCUGAAAUUGGAGUGGAAAUCCCUCGCUCUCCUACUCGGUCCCAUUAUGACUACAAUGUGGCUUUCGAGUUCGCUAUUGAUUUGGGGAAUGGUUCCGAAUCUGUCGUUUCUGCAUGCUUUGGCUGUUGGAGCAUGUAUUACGCCUACCGAUCCGGUACUGAGUAAUAGUAUCGUGAAGGGAAAAUUUGCGGAUAAGAAUAUUCCAAAGGAGUUGCAAAAGAUUAUUGUGGCGGAAAGUGGGGCGAAUGAUGGGUUGGGAUAUCCGUAUUUGUUUUUGGCGUUGUAUUUGAUCAAAUAUAUAGGGCAGGGUGGCGCUGGUCAAUCUGGUGGUGCAGGUAAAGCUAUCGGUCUCUGGUUUGGAGAAACAUGGGUUUAUACUAUCAUCCUCAGUAUUGUCUAUGGAGCUACUAUAGGCUGGAUAGCCAAAGAGCUCCUUCACUGGGCCGAAGAGAAGAAAUAUGUUGAUCGGGAAAGUUUCCUCGUAUUCGCCAUCACCUUAGCUCUAUUCAUCGUGGGCACUUGCGGUAUGAUUGGCAGUGAUGACGUUUUGGCAUGCUUUAUUGCUGGAAACGUCUUUACCUGGGAUGAUUGGUUUCGUCUAGAGACACUAGAUGAUUCGCUUCAACCUACUAUCGAUAUGUUGCUUAAUCUGAGUGUAUUUAUAUGGUUCGGAGCCAUCUGUCCUUGGGCUUCAUUUGCUACCAACAACGUUAUUCCAAUUUAUCGGUUGAUAUUCUUGGGUAUCUUGAUACUACUUUUCAGACGUUUACCAAUUGUCUUCGCAAUGCAUAAAUUCAUACCUCAGAUUGAGGAAAAACGUCAAGCUAUUUUCGUUGGGUUCUUCGGGCCAAUCGGAGUUAGCGCUAUCUUCUAUCUUUAUAUUUCACUCGAAUUCCUCGAAACCAUCACAGUAGAUGGUGUUCAGCGCGAAGAUGCAGAACAUCUAGGCGAGGUCAUUUCAGUUGUCGUUUGGUUCUUGACAAUUUGUAGUAUCGUGGUGCAUGGACUUUCGAUACCAUUAGGCAAAUUAGGCUUUUUCUUACCGAGAACACUCAGCAGAGCAUUUACAAGUCAAGCUAAUAGUCAAACGGAUCUGGCUAUUGGAGCAAGAGUUUACACUUCAAACUCGGGUGUGUUGAGGGAGAGGAGAAGAGGAAAUGCUAGUGCGGAUGCAAGUGGAAGUGGAACGGCACAAGGAAGUUUGGGAAGUGCGAUUACGACUCCGGCUUUGAGUUCGGGAACGAGCCCAAGACCAAUCUACAGGAUUGGGGGGAGCGUUAUUCGUUCGGGGACUGGAAAGGGUGUGACGGAGAGUGGAAGCGGGCUGGAUGGGGAGGAGGCGAGUCCGGCUGGGUUUAUGGAUGGGGCAGUGGAGGGGAGGACUAUCAGAUUCCCGGAUGAGGAGGCGCAUGUCGCUAGUGGGAUGGGAAGAGAGAGAGAUUCUGAGGUUUAGGUUGGAAUGGAGUGAUUGAGGUGACGGUGAUGGUCAUAGUUAUCGUGGGGUUGAGGACCUAGGAGCCGUGCGAUGUUCAAUUUGGAAGCUAGAGUAUUGUUAGAAUGGGGGAUGAGAAUGAGAGGGAAAAGAUACAGGGUGCUAGGAUUCGGGAUUUGAAGAUUAUAACGAGGAGUGCUGCGAUGUGCUACUUUGUAAUCUGCAUAUAGAUCUUCAUGGGGUGGUAUUAGUACA